GGAGCGCAUUCGGCAUCUGGUCACACUGGCGAGAAGAAAGAAAAUAGAAACCAAAAUAAUGAAGUGAUUUCCAUACGCAAAUCGUAAAAUUAGAGAAUAACAAUUGGAAUUUUCUGGCGCUCGAGUGCCGCGUGUAACGGUAAAACGCUGCGCAAUCGCGGAAAAAUCGCUCGAAGUUCGGAAAAUCCGUUGGCAAAACGAACGCAAAGACAGAGCAGCAGUGGCAAAGCAAACGCAAAAGCAAAGACAAACGCAACGACAGAAGCAAAAGCAGCGAGGGAUUUUGGAGGCUGCUUUUUUGGGGCGACACUAAAGCAAAAUAAAAGACAACAGGGCCAUUAUUGAGGCCCCACUGGCGGAGCACAAGAACUGCGGCCCCAAGAUGAGCUGCAAGGUGCGGCUGAUGGAGGACGGCUCGCUGGACGAGGAGCCGCUGACCCUCAAGGAGAUCGCCUACCAGAAGCUGUGCAACAAUCUGGACAUCAUUAGCAGCCACCGGCCAGAUGGCCAGCGCGGCCUCAAUCCGGGCAUUGUGCUGCCCAACGAGAUCUGCGACGGCUUCCUCGAGAACUAUCAGCGAUUCAAUCGCCCGCUGGACGACAGCGUCAUCCGCCUCUUCGAGGACACACACCGCACUUCGCUCAAGAUCGUCAAUCUUCGCAACAGCACCCUAAGCAGUAUAGGCUUGGAGACUCUGAUGCGGCACAAACUGUUCGCUUUGUCCUUGUGGUACUGUGACAUGAUAUCCGUUGGUUCCCACCACCUUCUGGCCCACUACGGCGACAGUCUGCGAUCCCUGGAAUUGGGCAUCAGUUCCCAUCUGCUGCAGUACGCGGAGCCCAACGAGAAGGAGCCAGUGGACUUCCAGUUGACUUGUCCGCAUCUGCGGCGGCUGGUGCUCAACGGUGUUGUGAUGCACCACCGCCUGCAGUUCGCUCACCUCCACGACUUGGGCCACCUGGACCUGACCUCCUGCGUGCUGGCCAACUUCAGCCUUGAGGCAUUGGGCUCGCUGCCCAAUCUGCACACGCUCAUCCUGUUCAAUGUGUGGCCCAUCGCCAACCAGCUGCAUGCGAUCUGCUGCCUGAGGCGUCUGUGCACACUGGACAUAUCCAUCUCCAGUUCCGGAAAUGGCCACGGCACCUACGACCUGCCCGAUCAGACGCUGGAGAUGCUGAUGGACAACUUGCGACAUCUCACACAUUUGGAUAUCUCUGGCACGAAUUUGGCCGGCAACGGUGUGGCCACCAAGGAGUCGACAACUACCAGUGGCAUGCAGCAGAGCCCCAAAAUGGAGCAACACUUUGCCCUCACAGACAUCCCGGGGCUAGCGUCCCGCACCCAGCGACCGCUGCAGUUCCUAGGCCUCUAUCACACGGCCCACUGGGCCUGCAAAAGACACGAUAUUCCAGCUUUGGAGGUAGCUGGCGAUGCCAACGAGCAGCAAAUCCUUACUGCGGCGCGUUAUUACCACGACAGACCAGUGCUUCUGACAAGAGUUCUCAACGACUUGUACCAUCUCUUCCGCUUCGAGAACUGCAAGGACAUACACACAGCACUGGAUGUUGUGCUCUCCGCCAUGGAUCGGCAUCUCAAGUUCAAGCACAUGCAAAUCUCCGGCAGUGCCACGCUGUUCUACAUUGUCAAGGGCAGGGAUCGAUCCAAGUUUGGAGCACUACUGCGCAAUCACAUCAUUCGCACGCUGCUCAAUGGCAUGGAGAUGCACAUCACCGACGACACCAUGCUGCGGAAUGGUUACCUCACGCUCACCCAGUUUCACAUGCCAGUCGAUGUGCUCUUCGAGUACGAGCGUCUCAUCAAGAUCCUGCUGCACGGCGUUUCUAAGACGGAGCAAGAGGGAUUUGUCCAGCGCAUAGCAAUCUACCUGCUGAACACACUCGCUUGCCAGGUGGAUGGGCGACAGAAGCUCUUCCUGGGCGAGUUGGGCGUAGUUAGUACCAUGUUCACGUUGAUAAAGGAUCGGCUGACUCGCUCCGUUUUCGACGAUGUGAUGGAGGUGGCUUGGUCCACCAUGUGGAACGUAACCGAUGAGACUGCUAUUAAUUGUAAGAGAUUCCUCGAUGGACGUGGCAUGGAGUAUUUCCUUAAGUGUUUACAUACCUUCCCGGAUCGUGACGAGCUGUUGCGCAACAUGAUGGGCCUGCUGGGCAAUGUGGCCGAGGUGAAGUGGCUGCGGCCCAAGCUGAUGACCCAGGAGUUCAUUGAGGUGUUUGCCCGUCUGCUGGACUCCCUGAGCGAUGGCAUCGAGGUCAGCUACAAUGCGGCUGGAGUGCUGGCGCACAUUGCCUCGGACGGAGCGGAUGCCUGGACGAUCAAGACGCCCAGCCGGGAGCACGUGCUGGAGCGCAUGGUGGCCGCCAUUCAGCGGUGGAACAUCAAGAGCGAGCGGAACAUCAACUACCGCAGCUUUGAGCCGAUCCUCAGCCUGGUGCGCUGCUACGAGACGCCCCAGUGCCAACAUUGGGCUGUUUGGGCCCUGGCCAAUCUGACACAGGUUUAUCCCGAAAAAUAUUGCAAGCUGGUGGAGCAGGAGAACGGCAUCCAGAUCCUCAACGAGCUAAUCGAGCACGAGAGUCCCUACUGCGAGAUCAAGCGCAUCGCUCGCCUGGUCAUAGAGCAGUGCGACUCCGGAUCGGAACGCAUGGUCGUCGACGGCUAAGCGGAUAUUUAGGAUAACACGUAGCUUUAGGAGUCGAGUUUGUUGUAAUGUUUUUUUUCUGCUUCCUCUGUUUCCCGUUUUAAAGCAAGUGCAUGUGUUAUGUGGUUCAAGAGAUUCUUCCUUGACUUUUAUGUUUACAGCGAGAGCAGCAGAUACAUAGAUGCAAGUUUAAACUAUGCGAGAGUUAAGCAACUAAAUCUAAUGAUGCAGAAAUAUUCGAUAAUUACAUAAUUACUAGAUUAUAUAUGUAUAUGAUGUAUCACAUGUUGUAAGCCAGCGAUCUUUUUAGGCCUUCAGAAGUGUAAAUAUUGUUAAAACCGGAAAGAGGAAGACAUUGGAGUAGCAAGCAAGGCUGCUGGAGAUUAAAUAAAUCCUUAAGAAUUGAAUUCCCCGUGGAUCGAUAGUUCUUUCUCUAGCCACAUAGACGAGUGUAUGGAAUCUGUUCUUUGAAUUGUGGUCAUCAUACGAUGCUCACUUAACCCCCCCACAUUUGCUGUGCUUUCGCAUCACGAACCCAAGUAGCUGCAAGUUCAGGAUCGGAUCGUUCAAAAUAAUCUAGCUAUAUAAUCUAGACCACUAGGCUAGGCUUAAGCAACUGUAAAUAUAUUGCAAGUAACAGUUUUGAAAGUUCUGCGCUUGGCAUUAAUAUUUAUAACAGUGUACGUUACCAUUAGUUACCUUACAUUACGUAUAUACAUAUAUAUAAUUUGAUUCGUAAGCGACAUCACGCCUGUGUCUUACCAAAGACCCUAGAAUAACAAGAUGCGUAACGGCCAUACAUUGGUUUGGCACUAUGCAGCCAC